CCGUGAAAGCCUUAAGCUGUCAAAUCGUAUUGGAGCAGCGGAGGAAGUGGUUGUACAGGCUGCUCUCCUCUACACAGUGUGCAAUCUUAUUUUAAGUCAAGAAUAAUCAGUGUAACAGUUAGAAAGUGUCUCAAAGUGAAGAACUGUAUAAAAUUCUACUCUAAAUAUUGGACUUACUGUUAAGAAAACUACAAGCAUGGCAGAAUCGGCUUUACGGCGUUUUGUAACACAUGGAAGGGCAGUUUGCAGAAACGGGGGAGUUCGAUGUCUCUUUACAGAAGCCAGCGAUCCCGAAGCUCUGUCCGAUGUUAAAACAACUACCUCAGUUAAAAGUUUUAGUGAACUUCCAGGACCACGAGGCCUACCUAUUGUGGGAACUGUGACGGAAUAUUUUCGCAAAGCCAACAAAGGGCAAAUGCACGAAGUUCAGAGAAAAUUUCAUAGACAGUAUGGCAAAAUAUUCAAAGAAAAGUUCGGUAGUUUCGAUAACGUAUCUGUAGGAGACCCAUCUCUAGUGGAGGAAAUUCUCCGAGCAGAGGGAAAAUAUCCCCACAGACCCCCAUACGAAGCGUGGGUACUUUAUAAUGAACUCCGUAAACGAAGAGGCGGCAUAAUGACAGCUAAUGGCGAGCAAUGGAGAGGCAAUCGAAGUGCCAUGAACCCAAAACUUCUGCGUCCCAAAGCUGUCGGAGAUUUUGUGGACGGUAUCAACAGCGUGGUGACAGAUUUUGUAGAUCGACUCAGGUUCUUGAAAGAUAGAGAAGGCGAGGGCGAAUUUGUACCUCAUUUACCGAACGAACUGAACAAAUUUACUAUGGAAGCUCUUGGUUACGUAUUGCUAGAUACCAGAUUGGGAUGUCUAGAGAAGAACGUGGAUCCUAAAAUCCAGAAUUUUAUUACAUCAAUCGCAACCAUGUUUUUAACGGGACAUCAGAUGAUGGCUUUCACAAAAGUUUACAAAAACCUCCGAUUAAAGACCUGGAGAAUGCAUGUUAAAGCCUGGGAUACUAUCUACGAAAUAGCACAAGAAUAUAUCGAGGCUAAAAUGGAAGAUGUAGCUGAAAGAUUAUCAGGGGAUGUGCAAGAAGGUGAUCGAGUCGACUUUUUAACGUACCUUGUUGGCAAUGGACAAAUGUCAAGACAAGAAAUUUACGAAAAUAUUACAGAAGUGUUACUUGGUGGUGUAGAUACGGCCGCAAACUCAAUGUCAUUUUUGCUGUACUCCCUGGCCAAAAAUACUGACGCCCAGGACACAUUAAGAGAAGAAGUUGAUAGUGUGUUAGAUGGUAAAACAUGUACUUAUGACGAUCUUCAACGUAUGCCUUACCUCAAAGCCGUCGUUAAAGAAACACUCAGAUUAUAUCCACCGAUCCCAAUCAAUGCUCGGAUUCUUCAAGAAGAUACAAUUGUUGAUAAUACUCUUAUACAUAAAGGGACGUGUGUUUUACUGAACAACUACACCAUGUCAAGAGAUCCUUCGAUCUUUUCAAAUCCAGAUCAGUUUGUACCAGAACGAUGGCUCAAAGCUGAAGCUAAGGAAUGGCAUCCAUUUUCAAUUUUACCGUUUGGUUAUGGUGCCAGAAGCUGUGUCGGCAGAAGAAUAGCUGAGACAGAGAUCUACCUUGCUACAAUCCGGGUCUGCCAAAACUUUAACUUGAAAUUGAGUGAUAAGUUUGACAUAACUCCUUCAGUUAGAACACAGCUGACAGCCGGAGCGGAACUACCUAUUCUUUUCGAGGAACGAUAACAAAUCACAUUAUUGCGCCAGGCAAAGUAGACAGAAACAUCACGUGGUCGUCAAUCCUUCCCUUGAUAUCUUAAAACAGCUUAUAACAGUUGCUUAAAACAGUCUAUAUAUAUAGAAAUAUCGACCUACACGAGAAUCUCGUGGUUACUGCAUGACCAUAUAUGGAUUGGGCGAUCCCACGUCAUGUCGCCAUUAACGGGAGAAACAAUCUCAGGUUGACCUAGUGACGCCAUAUCCUUGUGUAGAGGUGUUGAAUAAUGCUGACGUCAUAUGUUUAUGUGUUUAAAAUAGUUUAUCACGUAAUUUUGUAGCUUCACCAUACAAGAAGCAUGCUGCAAUAAAAACACUAAUCGAUUAGCGUGAAUAAUCGAUAAUCGAAUUAAAUAUUUAAUUAAUAAACAUAAUGUGAUUGACUUGUUGCCAGUUUGCUCGAACCGAGCGUGUUGUUAGAAGCAUUGGACUUCUUGUGAAAGAAGCUAUUAGCCAAAGACAUUAAGUCUAGAUUGACGAUUCAGAAAACGGGUAUGAUCUAUGUACUAUAUAGUGCCAUGUACAGAGUUACAAAAUAUCGAGGUAUUUAACAAGUUAUGUUGUGCAUAGUGACAUUUUUUAAUUUCUAUUGUUCGGUUUAGUAUAUCUAUUAUAUAUAUAUCUGAACAAGACGGACAUUGUUUAAUUUACACGUUGUCUACCUCUAUGUUACUCUUUUGACCUAUUUAAUUGUGUGUAUAAUAAUCUUCACAACGGUGUCCACAUUCAGGACUCAAAUUAUUAACUAUAAUGUGAGUAGUAAAAAAGAGACUUAGUGUUGAAUAAUGAAUAUUUAUAAACUUUUUAUAGAAACUCUCUCGACAAUGUGACAGUGUCUCUUUAACCUAAAACAAGAUUUCGUUUUCUCUUAAGUUAAUAGAAUUGGAGAAACUAAGCGAACAACUUGCUCCUGAAAUAAAAACUUUUAAAAAGAUGUUCCCGAGUUCUGCUUCUCUUAAGUUAAUAGAAUUAGAGAAGGGUGAAUAAAUUUAGUACUAGAAAAACCUAUGAAAGAAAGAAUAUUGUUUCAUUAAUGAAAUUGUCUGUAUCUGGAAUGUGUAAAUAUCUUGAAUGCUCAUAGAGGUUUAUUUGUGUAUGAAUACAUUGUCAGUAUUACACUUGCAAUUCUUACUGUGUAUACCUCUUACUCUACUGUAAAUAUAAUAUCAUUAUUAUUAUUAUUAUUAUUAUUCACUUAUUUAAUUAUACAUAAAAAAACUAACAAGAAUACAUUACAAUGCUCAGUUC